AACUUGAGCCAAGCCGGAUCGAGUCAGCUGGUCUACGUCCUCCCUCAUCUUGAGGUCCGUGUCUGCGCUAUGGCAGCGAAGGACCCUGGGUUUGUCGCCGUCGGGGUCCGGACUCUGCCGUUUCGGCGACUUCUAACAUAAGUCUGAUGCCGCCUAGACAUUGUUCUGAGCGCCGCGUGUAGCAGCAGAAACUCCGCGAUGUCUUCUGAGCGUCCCCGCGUAGCCGAGUCUCGUCGAUAAUCUCCCGAACGAACGAAGAACAGUCAUGAGUGUCGUCCACCCAUCCACCGAGCGGCUCAUAAUGCGCGCCGGUGACCCCGAAGCCGGGCUUAUCAACUUGGCCGGCGCCCCUCCGUCGUGGGCCCGAAGCUUCACAUGGAGGAUCAGCCAAAGGAAAAGCCUGUGGAGGGAAUGGAACCGCCUGUCUCGGCUCCAGCGCUCCUUGCUACUGGUACUAGCUCUAGCCGUGCUGGUCCUGGUACUGGUGCGUGUCCAGCCAUGGGGCCUUCCUCCCAUCGAAGAACCAGCCGAGAUGCAGGAGGGAACGUCGGCUCCCGUGCAGCUUUUGCAAUCGCAGCAGGCUCCCGUCGAGCAGACUGCUUUGAGUACGCGGGAGCGCAGGGAUGCCGUGGUGGCGGCGUUCCGGCACGCCUGGCAGGGCUACCGCACCCAUGCCUGGGGCCACGACCAUCUGAAGCCGGUGUCAAGGAGCUACCACGACUGGUUUGGGCUCGGGCUCACCCUGGUGGACGCGCUGGACACCAUGUUUCUCAUGGGACUGGACUCUGAACUGGCAGCAGCUCGUGAGUGGGUUGCGCACAGUCUGAACCUGAACCAGCAGCGCGACGUGAACCUGUUUGAGACGACCAUCCGAGUGCUGGGGGCACUGCUCAGCAUGCACACACUCACCCAGGAUCAGCUUUACCUGGACAAAGCGAAGGACCUCGGAACCCGGCUCCUGCCUGGGUUCGGUUCCCGGUCAGGGGUGCCUUAUUCGGACGUCAACCUUGGAACGGGACGGGCUCACUCGCCAUCAUGGGCCCCGGACAGCACCGUUUCAGAAGUGUCCAGCCUCCAGCUGGAAUUCCGGACACUCAGCAGGCUCACUGGGGAAGACCAGUUUGAAAAAAAGGCAUUUGCAGUGUCGGAGCUGCUGCACCGGCUGCCGAAGCGGAGCGGCCUGGUGCCCAUGUUUGUGAACGCCGACAAUGGCCGCUUUAGCUCUGGCAGCACCCUGACCCUGGGGGCGAGGGCAGACAGCUAUUACGAGUACCUGCUUAAGCAGUGGCUGCAGACGGGCAUGACCAUCUCCUGGCUCAAGGAUGACUACCUGGAAGCUGUUGAAGGCAUCCGGAAGCACCUUGUGAGGUACUCCGAGCCCAACAAGCUUCUCUUUGUUGGCGAGCUUCUGCGUGGUCUCACUUUCUCCCCCAAGAUGGACCACCUGGUAUGCUACCUGCCGGGCACGCUGGCCCUGGGCCACAAGGAGGGCGGCAUGCCCAAAGAGCACUGGGACCUGGCCCUGGAGCUCAUGGACACCUGCCUGCGCAUGUACGCCAUCAACCCCACCUUCCUCAGCCCGGAGAUUGCUCACUUCAACCUGCAGCCCACAGGAGCCAAGGACAUACUCAUCAAGGGCAACGAUGCACACAACCUGCUCCGGCCGGAGACUCUGGAGAGCUUGUGGUACCUGUACUAUUUCACGCGCAACGAGACGUAUCGGGACUGGGGCUGGCGCAUCUUCCAGGGCUUUGAGCGGCAUUGUAAGGUGGAGGGCGGCGGCUACACGAGCAUCAGCAGCGUGCAGAACGCCAAGGCCACCAAGCCCCGGGACAUGAUGGAGAGCUUCUUCCUGGGCGAAACGCUCAAGUACCUCUUCCUGCUCUUCAGCGACGGCGACGACCUGGAACGCUACUCGCCGCACAAGUUUGUCUUCAACACCGAGGCGCAUUUGCUGCCCAUCUACAGCUCCUGAGAGCGCCUUGUGUGCGGACGCCGUGGACAGUGUGCAAUGGCCCUACCUCGGGCAUCCAGGAGGGACAGGCGCAACGAGACUUCAGUCACUUCGAUACAGUUUGUCGUUGACCCUCGGAACAUCCGAGACUUUGCGAAAUGAUCGCGUAAUGUCGCUGGUAUGCGAUGGCCUUUAUGGAAAGGAUGCGCUCUCAAGGACUCGAGCGUUCAUGUUAGUCAUUUUUUGUUCACAAUCGCUGUAAUACGCCGAAGAACUGUGGCAGUCUGGAGACAUUGCCGCAUCUUUGAGGAGUGCAACCUCAGGUGUUCCGAAAGUCUGCGACAGAUGGCGCUCGGAAGCCACGCCCAGGCUGCCUCCUCAUCGGGCUCAAGUUGUUGAUUUUUUUUUUCUUCCCGCUGUGGCGGUCCUCCAGGAAGUGCUUCUGGACCAACACCGCCGGUCGAUGCCGUCAAACUGCGUAUGGUGAUGCGAAAAAGAGCUUCGCGACAAGUUGCUCCGGUAGAAGCUCUCUCGAUGCUCAUUGUUGUUGUCGAUUCCCGGGAUAGCUGCUGAAAGACUGACUACUCGCGUUGUGCCGGCAACAAACGGAGGUUAGUCAUAGUGGGGGUUUGCCGUAAACACAAAGCAGAUUUUUAAGCCAACGUGUGUCUACAAACAGGACAACCUCCUCCCAUGAAGACCUCUGCACUCUUUCCACUUUAACUGAGCGAACGCCGAUGAGGAGACAAGCGGGAAGCGGGAAUCACAAAUAAUGGCGACCAUAGAGCUUUGUGGGAGGAGUUUGCCCUGCUUUUCUUAAUGUACAACAGGCUGUAGUCAGGCUUAACCGGGCUAACCAUGUGCGUGGACUGAUCUGCGUCAUUCCCUGGGACAUAUUUAUGAGCUCCAUAUAGUUGCCUUCCAGAGGUUGUGAAAAUGCGAAGCCUGACACGCACUCACAGGUCUAUUAACAGAAGUGAAGGUCGGAGGCUGCCUAAAGGGUAUCCUAGCUUGCGGUCCGGUUAAGUCUGUUUCUGACUUUAUUCUUCGUGGACAUUGAGCAAUAUCAGAAGCAAAAUCCCAGUUAGGGAAUGCGGUAUUUGUAAAUAAAUAUAAAUAACUAAAUAAUGAAGGCAGUCUCGGGAACUCGUUGGCGCACUUCGCCCGACCGACACUGUGCAUGUGGCAUAACGGCCCGAAAUGAAGCGUGUGCUUCGAUACUUGGGGACAGGGCAGAAGAUGGGAGUCCCAGCUUAUAGGAUUAAAUAAACAAACUGACGCAAUGGCAACUAAGCAUCCGUCUUUCUUCUAAACGCAAGUUCCGUGACGGGCCUCGCCCUCUUCAAUCGAGUCUUGCGAUGGUGGCAUCGCUUUUGUGAUAUUGUUGUCAUGGUGUCGUGAUAUCGUUCCUGUCGUCUUUUCUUCGAGCCAAAAUCGGUGUGUCGUAAUAAACUGCUGACAUUCCACGAACGUUAA